AUGGCUGAACAUGGACGAAUCAAGAGGAAGGGUGCUGCUGACCAGCAGAGGGAGCGGAGAAGAGCUCUGCAGGCCCGACACCGCGCCACCCUGGCCAGUCUCUUUGAGUCCCUUAAAAAUGUGGUGUGUCCCUUCAUCAAUAAGACCCCUGCCAAGUGGAAGAUCCUUGACCAUGCCAAAGGCUUUCUUCAUGAGAAGGAGGCCUACCUCAACCAGUUACUCAUGUUGAAGGAAACUUACUUCGUAAAUGAUGAUGGACCCAGCACUCUGGAGGAAGUGCGAGAACAAUACAAGAUGCUAUUCUCCAACUGCCGAGUUGAAGUAGCUGAUGCUGGUGGAGAUUCAGACAGUAGUCAGGAAGUUUUGUCUCAAGAGCCAGAGGAUGAACUAUCACAAUCUCAGUCCUUCUCACUGUCUCUCCCAGACAUCCAAGAGUUUGAUGGGUACUUAUUUUUUUACAGGCAUACCCUGGAGCUCCUGCUCCACGGUGGAAUACUUGCUCCAGACCAGAUGGGUCUGCCAGUGGUAGCAGAGGCUAUUCAAGGCCUGUGGAACAGCUUACCACCGGAGCGCAGGACCUCUGUCCGGCCCUACACCCUGGAGGAUAACUGCCUUUCCUGGACAUUGUCCACAGAUAACCCCCUCUGGCCAGACACACCUCAAAACCCCUCCCAACUAUACAGCCAGGAAGUAUCAGGAUCUUCCACCUUUAAGGAGGAUAUGCUUCAAGAUGCAUUUGAUGUAGUUCAGAGAGACAUGGACAUCAGAUCUGUAGACAGCCAGGAAAUCCAGCCCCUCCACUUUGGGGAUGGCGAGAAGCUAAAGGAAAUCUACAAUGACGUCACAUGCUUCAUCAGGAGUCAGAUGUCUGAGGGGCUGGAGUUGACACAGGAGCUGUGCCAACAGGCAGACUAUGACGAGCUCUUUCUGAAGUGUACAGAGAGCUUUGAUGAGGACCUGUGA